AUGAUGUAUUUCAAGAUCUUGAGAAUCAGCCUGGUGAUCCUGGCUGGGUGGGUGUUCAGCACUGGCAGCUCUGAGCUGGAUAGGACACCCAAGAAACCCUUGGCUCCCAGGUCAAGCCCGAAGCAGGUGCAGUUGGAAGGAGAACGUUGUUGGUUGGGGACUACACCUCAAAGACCCAGAUUUGCUCCUCAGCAUCACCCCUUUGGGGUCUAUCCCAGAAGACAUGGAAAUCAUCUGAGGCCCUACCCAGCCAGGGAACAGAAAACCCAUCAGGCAGAAUACAGUACACCAGUGACCCAGGGCCGGGCUGGCAGCCUUGCUCCCCAAGAUCCGACUGACAGACCAGCAAGAGCCAGGAGCGAGGCUGAACAGCCUGCUGACCUGUGGGUACAAGAAGGUCCCAUUGGACAGGCGGAGCUGCUGACAGAUGAUGGCACUCAUCUGGACAACAGAGGAUUCCAGGUGACUCUAGGUGAGCUUGAGACAGGGGGAGGCUCGGCCUCAGCUGCCUCCCUUCCCACCACCUUUACACCCCUGGAGGAAGCCCAAGCAGAGACACAAAAGCAGGACUCCCCCAUGUCCCCACAGCCUCACCAAGUAACCAAGAGGCAGGUAGAGCAGGGACCCGAAGAACCCCACGUGGCUCCUCCACGCUUCCACCUGUGGCCUAAGCACCUCUUUAGGUAUGGGGUUCGAAACCAUCCCCUGAAGGACAGCAUCCAAAACGGUGGCAGGAGCCCCGGCAGGGAAGAGGACACCUCUAACCCCCAAGGAGGACUGCCUGUCUUGUACUUCUCUGGGAGGCGGGAGCGGCUGCUACUGCAACCAGAAGUCCUGGCUGAGAGUCCUCGGGAGGCGUUCACUGUGGAAGUGUGGGUGAGGCCCGAGGGAGGCCAGAGCAACCCAGCCAUCAUCGCAGGUGUGUUUGAUAACUGCUCCCACACCAUCACUGACAAGGGCUGGGCGCUGGGGAUCCGCACGGGCAAAGAGAGGGGAAGGAGAGACCCUCGCUUCUUCUUCUCCCUCCGAACCGACCGUGUGAAGAAAGCGACCCUUGUGACGGGCCACAGUCACUACCAGCCGGGCAUGUGGACACACGUGGCCGCCACGUACGACGGGCAGCGCAUGGUCCUGUACGUGGACGGCGCGCAGGUGGCCAGCAGGACGGGGCAGUCUGGUCCUCUGCACAGCCCCUUCAUGGCAUCCUGUCGCUCUUUGCUCCUGGGUGGCGACACCUCGGAGAGCGGGCAUUAUUUCCGUGGUCAUCUGGGCACGCUGAUCAUUUGGUCCACCGCGCUCUCACAGAGCCAACUGCAAUCUUCCAGCCAGGCGGGGGACGUGGGCGCCCUCCUGCUGACCGCCACGUUCGAGCUCCUGAAGGAGCAAUGGGUCCCCUUCAAGGACGAGACAUACCCUCAGCUGGAGGUGCUCAAGGCCUGGGAGGAGCCCCAGCCCGAGGUUCUGUCACCCUUGCAUCCCCCGCCCUGCGGGCAGACCGUCUGCGACAACGUGGAGCUGAUCUCCCAGUACAACGAGCACUGGCCCCUCCGCGGGGAGAAGGUGAUCCGCUACCAGGUGGUGAACGUGUGCGACGACGCGGGGCUGCGCCCCACGGUGAGCGAGGAGCAGAUCAGCCGGCAGCACGCGGCGCUGGCGCACGCCUUCGCGCGCUACAACAUCAGCUGGCAGCUGAGCGUGCACCGCGUCCACAACUCCACCCUGCGGCACCGGGUGGUGCUGGUGAACUGUGAGCCCAGCAAGAUCGGCAACGACCACUGCGACCCCGAAUGUGAGCACCCUCUCACGGGCUACGACGGGGGGGACUGCCGCCUGCAGGGCCGCUGCUAUUCCUGGAACCGAAGGGACUCGGUGUGUCACCCCGAGUGCAACAACAUCCUGAACGACUUCGACGGCGGGGACUGCUGUAACCCCCGCGUGACGGACGUGCGCAAGACUUGCUUUGACCCGGACUCACCCCUGAGGGUAUAUAUGAGCAUGAAGGAGCUAAAGGAGACCCUGAAGCUCAACAGUACUCAUUUCCUCAACAUCUACUUUGCCAGCUCAGUGCGGGAAGACCUGGCAGGUGCAGCCACCUGGCCUUGGGACAAGGAAGCUCUCGGCCACCUUGGUGGUAUUGUCCUCAAUCCCACAUACUAUGGCAUGCCUGGCCACACCGACAUCAUGAUCCAUGAAAUAGGACAUGUCCUGGGACUCUACCAUGUCUUCAAGGGGGUCAGUGAAAGAGAAUCCUGUGAUGACCCUUGCAUGGAGACAGUGCCAUCCAUGGAAACAGGGGACCUCUGUGCCGACACGGUCCCCACUCCCAAGAGUAAGCUGUGCAGGGACCCAGACCCGGCCAAUGACACCUGUGGCCUCGCCCACUUCCCAGGAGCUCCCUUCAACAACUACAUGAGCUACACAGAUGAUGACUGUACUGACAGCUUCACCCCCAACCAAGUGGCCCGCAUGCACUGCUAUUUGGACCUUGUAUACCAGCAAUGGAGUCAAAGCAGAAAGCCCACCCCCAUUCCCAUCCCACCCAUGGUCAUUGGGCAGACCCAGAAGUCCCUCACGAUCCAUUGGCUGCCUCCUAUUGGUGGAGUUAUAUAUGACAGGACCCCGGGCAGCAUGUGUGAUGCUUGCACUGAAGAUGGGACGUUCCGUCAGUAUGUCUACAAGGCAUCCUCGCAGAGAGUGUGUGACUCUUCGGGUUACUGGACCCCAGAGGAGGCUGUUGGGCCUCCCGAUGUGCAUCAGCCUUGUGAGCCGAGCCUACAGGCCUGGAGUCCUGAGCUUCACCUGUACAACACGAACAUGACGGUGCCCUGCCCCCCAGAAGGCUGUAGCUUGGAGCUGCUCUUCCAAUACCCCGUGCAAGCCGACACAUUCACCCUGUGGAUCACUUACCUCUCCGUGAAUUCCUCCGUAGCCCUCCUGGACACAGAGAUCUUGCUGGAAAACCAGGAGUCUGUGCACCUGGGCCCUUAUCACACUUUCUGUGACACGCCGCUCACCAUCAAAUUGCCCACGGAAGGGAAAGUCUUGGGAGUGAAAGUGUACACCUUGGAUGAGCGGAUGGAGAUUGAUGCGGCGCUGCUGACCUCGCUGCCCGGCAGUGCCCUGUGCUCUGGCUGUCAGCCUGUGAGGUACCAGGUUCUGCGAGAUCCGCCCUUUGCCAGCGGCUCGCCAGUGCUGAUGACACAUCCUUACAGGACCUUCACGGACAGGGAGGUCACGCCUGGGCAGAUGUAUGAGUACCAAGUCCAAGCUGAAGCUGGAGGAGAACUGGGAGAAGCUUCACCUCCCCUAAGCCACAUCCAUGGAGAUCCCUACUGUGGAGAUGGGAAGGUCACAGGAAGCCUGGGAGAAGAGUGUGAUGGCGGAGACCUGUUGAACGGAGACGGAUGCUCAAGGGCAUGUAAACUAGAGGAAGGUUUCAACUGUGUAGGGGAGCCAAGCCUCUGCUACAGGUAUGAAGGAGAUGGAAUCUGUGAGCCCUUUGAGAAGGAAACCAGCAUUGUAGACUGUGGCUUCCACACGCCUGAAGGGUAUUUGGAUCAGUGGGCCACCCAGGCUUACUCAUCUCAUGAAGACAAGAAAUACCCCGUUGCCUUGGUAAGAGGAGAACCUCAUUCCAUGAUUUGCACAUCAUACCAUCCAGAUUUACCCAAGCACCUGCCCCUAACUGGCUGGUUCCCCCAUGUUACCAGUGGAAAAAGACCGCAUGAUAAAGAGAGUGAGCAGAUGGAGGCUAGCCUGGAAAAGAAUGAUGAGAUAUGGCUUGAAGUGUGUUUCAGUAGGCCAGGACUUGCCACAGCAGUUUUUAUUUUCUUGGCAUCUGAUGGCCUGGCCCUUGGGGAGCAUCAGCGGCCAACAGUGACCCUUUACCUGAUUGAUGUCAAUGGAGGAAACCACUCUCUUGGAACCCAUGAACUGUCCUGCCAGCACAAUCCACUGGUUAUUAAUGUGACCCAUCAUGCAAAUACCCUCUUCAACCAAACCACCUCCAUGUUGCUAAAUUUCUCAUCCCCAUUGGUGGGCAUCUCAGCAGUGGCUCUGAGGACAGUAGAGGGUAUCAGUCCUUCAGCUCCCAUUGACUGCAUUUCAGAGCAAGAUCAUCUGGAACAGAGCUGUGCCCAUCGGCUUUGUGGGGACCAGCGCAGCUGUGCACCCAUGCUGUUUGAGAACACAGAAAAGGUGAACUGUUCUUCUAGCAGCCCUGGUCACCUGGAGUGUGCUAUUACCUGUCAAAAGGGGUUUGUCCUACAGACCAGCAGGGGGCAACAGCUCAGGCCUAUGCAGAAGGAGAUUGUGCUCACCUGUUUCUCCGGGCACUGGGACCAGAAUGUGAGCUGCGUUCCCCUGGACUGUGGCAUCCCUGACUCAUCCUUGGUGAACUUUGCGAACUUCUCCUGCUCCGAAGGCACUGAAUAUCUGAAACGCUGUUCCAUCUCCUGUAUCCCACCAGCCAAGCUCCGAGGACUGAAUCCAUGGCUGACCUGUCUUGAAGAUGGGCUCUGGUCUCUCCCUGAAGUCUACUGCAAAUUGGAAUGCGAUGCUCCCCCCGUGAUACCAAAUGCCAACUUGCUUCUGCCUCGCUGUCUCAGGGACAACCAGGAUGUGGGUACCAUCUGCAAAUAUGAAUGCAAACCUGGCUACUACGUGUUGGAAAGUGCAGAGAGUCAAGUCAAGAAUAAGUUCCUGAAUAUACAGUGCCUGGAAAGUGGAAUCUGGAAUCAAGGCAGUUGCAGCCCUGUGGUGUGUGAGCCUCUAUCACCUGUUUUCGAAGGCAUGUAUGAAUGUACCAAUGGCUUCAAUCUGGACAGUCAGUGUGUACUCCACUGCACCCAGGAAAGCGAAAGGAUUCCUAUCCUCUGCAAUAAGGAUGGAAAAUGGACUCAGGAGUUCAAGUUGUGUGCAAAUCUGCAAGGGGAGUGCCCACCACCACCCUCAGAGCUGAAUUUUGUGGAAUACAAAUGCGAAGAAGGAUAUGGAAUUGGUGCAGUGUGUUUCCCAUCCUGUGUAAUGCCUGCUAGAGAUCCCGUGACCCUGCCCAAGAACGUCACUGUUGACACGAUGGAACACUGGGUGGAAGCGGCCACAGUUGAGAGCAUUGUGUGCACUGGUCGACGUCAAUGGUACCCAGACCCCUCCCUGGUCCACUGCAUCCAGUCAUGUGAGCCUUUUCAAGCAGAUGGUUGGUGUGACACUAUCAACAACCGUGCCUACUGCCACUAUGAUGGAGGUGACUGCUGCUCUUCCACACUCUCCUCCAAGAAGGUCAUUCCAUUUGCUGCUAACUGUGACCAGGAUGAAUGCACCUGCCGAGACCCCAAGGCGGAAGAAAAUCAGUAAUUGUGGGAUCAAGCUCCUACCUCCUCUACCCUGGAGGCAGCCAGAGAGAGGAAACAAGGGGCAAAUGAAGAAGAGAGGCCAUGUAGUGGAGGCAGAUUAUAAGAUGGCUGGUUUAGAAACAGAGGAGGAUGCUUAUAGGUGCCAACUAAUAUAUUGAGUAGCCUGAGUAGUGAAGAAUUAUAAACCAAACUUUCUUUGAAAUAUCAGUUGGCUAAAAAUGGAAGGAGAAAUAUAAUAAACAGCACCCUCCUCCCCCAUCUCUAUUCUACCCAACCUUAUCCUCAACUUUUGACCUACUCCCCAAUUUGCACCCUGUCAUCUGCUCAGCCCCACCCAAUGUGUAGAUCCAUAUCAAAACAUCAGAAGAGAAGUUUCGAGGACACUUUGUUAAUACUGGUAUCAAACUGAUUAACAUCUUUUAGGGUCUGUCUACUCUAAACUGGCCCUUGCCCUUUCU